UUUUCAAGUUGGACAAGGGCCGGGACGUGAAUGGAAAAGCCGCUGCAGCGCCACGGCGGUGAAUGCAGCUUUCCUUGUGUUUGAUCGUUGGUGAGUCUGCAAAAUGGAACCCGAAUCAACAGUUUACCAACGACCCGUCGGCGAGAAGGAAAAGGUCGGGACCCACUGAUAUAAUUCAUUCAACCCCGCACAUGAAAAUCCAGCUCCCUUCUUCAAACCCGCCCAGAUCUCCACCACGAUCUCCAGCUCCCAAACCCUAGCUUGAUCCCCCUACCAUUUUCACUUCCAUCUUCGUCCAAUUCAGAGUAGUGGUGUUGUUUGAGGUUAGAAAGGUGCAAUGCAGCACGCUCCGGCGACGGUGGAGGACCAGCUGAUGCUGAAGGCGAUCAGGGAGGAAUGCCCUUGGGAGAGCCUCCCGAAGCGGCUUCAGGCCACUUUGGGUUCUAAGGAUGAAUGGCACAGAAGGAUAAUUGAACACUGUGUAAAGAAACGACUCCAGUGGAAUACCUGUUUUGCACGUAAAGUUAUCAAAGAAGGUGAAUAUUAUGAAGAGAUGAUGCGUUAUCUGAGAAAGAAUUUAGCGUUGUUCCCCUAUCACCUUGCAGAGUAUGUUUGUCGUGUACUGAGAGUUUCACCUUUCAGAUAUUACUGCGACAUGAUUUUCGAAGUCAUGAAAAAUGAGCAACCCUAUGAUAGCAUCCCAAAUUUCAGUGCUGCAGAUGCUUUGCGACUCACAGGAAUAGGAAGAAAUGAGUUUAUUGAUAUCAUGAACAGGUGCAGAUCUAAGAAAAUUAUGUGGAAACUAAAUAAGUCAAUUGCGAAAGAGUUAUUACCUACACAACCUGUGGACUUUGUGAUUGAGCCUUGGUGGGGAGUUUGUCUUGUCAACUUUACAUUGGAAGAAUUUAAGAAACUUUCAGAGGAAGAAAUGGCAACAAUUGAUAAAGUUUGUAAAGAGGAAGCAAAUUCAUUCAUCCUUUUUGAUCCCGACAUUGUAAAAGGCCUUUAUCGAAGGGGAUUGAUCUACUUUGAUGUUCCUGUUCAUUCGGAUGAUCGUUUUAAAGUUUGCAGGCUUGAAGGGUUUGUUUCUAACAGGGAGCAGUCAUACGAAGAUCCUAUUGAGGAGUUACUGUAUGCUGUUUUUGUGGUUUCGAGUGAGAAUUCAACUGUGGCUGAAUUGGCUGCCACCUUACAGGCUGACCUCUCUCAGCUGCAAGCUGCAGCAUCAUUUGCUUGCCGAUUAGGUUGGGCAGUAAAAUUAAUUGAUCCGGCAUCUGUUCUUCAUGAUUCAAUCAUACAUUCCAUUCCCAACAUCAAUCUUAGUGAUGAUGAAGAUUGUUCUCGGGCUAGCAUGAGCUCAUUGAACUUGUCAACUGAGGCCACUACUGUGCUGCAAGGAGAAAUUUCAGGGACAGAAAACUAUGGGCCAACUUCUGGAUAUACUCGUGUGGCUUUUGUCAUUGAUGCUAACAUAACAUCAUAUCUUAUGAUGGGAUCUGUUUCACCAGGCUUGAAAUCUCAUGCAGUCACAUUGUAUGAAGCAGGAAAACUAGGUCAUGCUAGCAUUGCAGAUCUUUGCAAGGAUUUGAGUACAUUAGAGGGAACAAAAUUUGAAGGAGAACUACAAGAGUUUGCAAAUCAUGCUUUUAGUCUCCGAUGUGUUCUAGAAUGUUUGGCCUCUGGUGGCGUUGCUACAGAUGAGAGUGUAGUAUCUUCAAGCAAUGAGGAGGCUACUCCUUUGAUAGCUGAUAUCAGUUCAGAUGGCAAAUUAGGAUGUUCUGAUAGAGGUGAAGCUAUCCUAAAUACUAAUGGUUCCAUGCAUUCAAGAAGUGAUAAUGAUGCUGCUCUUGCAGAACCUGUAACUGGAAGUUCUGAUGAUGACAGAGUUGCUGCCACUAUGGCUGAAAAAGGUAGUUCCCUAAAUGAGGAUUCAAAAUCAGAUCCCAGUCUCCAGAAUGAUGAGAAAUUAAUGUCUGAUGAAGUUUUAGAUGGUGAGAAAGGACCUAGGAGAAAAAGGACUGUCAGGGUGGAUAUUCUCCGCUGUGAAAGCCUGGCUGCUCUGUCUCCUGCAACUUUAGAUCGGAUGUUUCUUCGUGACUAUGAUAUUGUUGUAUCUAUGAUUCCUCUUCCUCAUUCUGCUGUUCUACCUGGACCUAAAGGUCCUAUUCAUUUUGGUCCACCCUGUCAUUCAGCUUUGACACCGUGGAUGAAAUUGGUACUGUAUUCUGCUGUGGCUAGUGGGCCUCUAUCAGUUGUUCUGAUGAAAGGACAAUGCUUGCGCUUGCUUCCAGCACCACUAGCAGGUUGUGAGAAAGCUUUUAUAUGGUCUUGGGAUGAAUCUACAAUUGGAGGUUUGGGAGGCAAGUUAGAAGGGAAUUUAGUGAAGGGAGGCAUUCUCUUACAUUGCUUAAAUUCACUUCUCAAAUACUCAGCUGUGCUUGUGCAGCCCCUUAGCAGGUAUGACCUUGACGAGCAUGGGAAAACAAUUACUAUGGAUGUUCCCUUGCCUUUGAAGAAUUCUGAUGGUUUAAUUGUUCAAAUUGGGGAGGAAUUGGGACUACGGUCAGAGGAAAGUUUAAGAUUAAAUUCUUUGUUAACUGAUCUGGCGAAUAAAGUAGAGCUGUGGGCCAUUGGUUAUAUUCGCCUAUUAAGGCUUUUCAAGGAAAGGGAAUCUGAGGUCUUUUCACCUGACGAUGAGAAGUAUGAAUGGGUGCCAUUAAGUGUGGACCUUGGGGUUCCGCUCUUUAGUCCAAAACUAUGUAAUGAUAUAUGUAAAAGAGUGGUUUCUUCGCGAUUACUUCAAACAGAUCUACUCCCUGAACAUCAUGAUGCAAUGCAGAACUUAAGGAAAAGAUUGCAUGAUAUUUGUGCUGAGUAUCAAGCAACAGGACCAACUGCAAGAUUUCUUUAUCAAAGAGAGCCACUGAAGAAUCCAUCUCAACAACUUAUGAACUAUGCAAGUGGAAGAUGGAAUCCUCUUGUGGACCCUUCAUCUCCCAUUUCUGGAGCAUCGAGUGAGCAUCAGAGGUUAAAACUUGCUAAUCGACAACGUUCUCGGACAGAAGUUCUGAGCUUUGAUGGUAACAUUUUGAGAUCAUAUGCCCUUACUCCCGUAUACGAGGCUGCUACAAGGCCAAUUGAAGAAUCACCUCCAGUCAGUACUGGAAAAAUUGAAUUAGAUGAUGCUGAUGGCAGAGAUGGAAUACUUCCUGGUGUUAAUCUUCUUUUUGACGGAUCUGAGUUGCGGCCAUUCGACAUAGGUGCUUGCCUGCAGGCUCGCCAGCCAGUCUGUUUAGUGGCAGAGGCUUCUUCAGCUUCUGCAGCUUCAGCAAUUAAAUAAGGCUUUGAGCUACAAUUUUGCAUGGCUACCACAAAUUUCUCCCAAUACUUACCGAUGGCAACUGUCAUCUACUUUAUGUAGUUAUCUGGUGCUGCUGGUUUGUUGAUUAUGCUUCACCUUUGGGCUGGUCAUUGUGCACAAGCCAAAGCUGCUAUUCAAGGUAAACAACAAUACUCUUUCAUUGGCAUCUUCCUGUACAUAAAAUUUUUUGACCCCCUUGGCUUGCAAACCCUGAAUUAAAAUGGAUCACCUGUUAUUUUUUUUAACAUUUUCUUAAACAAAGAAAAAAAAGCGUGCAAGCAAUCUGCAACUUUUGGUGGUGUUGUGGAGCAGAUGUUUAUGUGGAUAAACAACUGUCUCCUUAAAUGGUAUCAGAUUAUGUUUGUUCUUUUUCCUCAUAAUGAAUGUUAGACUUUGAUUUGUUGGUUCUUUUAUCUAUUUGAGUGUGAAUCAGCAUGGACCUAUUCAAGUUUUAAGGCAUUCUCUGAAUUCUUACAUGGUUAAGAAGGUAGGUUUUUUGCUCUGCAAUUGUAUCCUCAGGUUCUGUAACAGUAACUACAUAUUAAGCCUUUAUUUUACUAUCUGGCGUCAGCUAUAUUAAUUCUAGUUCAUCAAUCAUUUGAAUCUAUGGCCUUAUCUUCUAUAAGGCCGCCUUACAACUCAUAACAUAUCUAGGCUUGUAGUUAUCAAGAGUCAGGGUGCAUUGAGGCGCCACAGUGCUUGGAGCCUAUAGAUGCAAGGUGCCAGGCAAAGGUGCGAGCCUUUUGGAUGUGAGGCGCCUGUUUAAAAAAUUUGUAUAAAAAUGCUUACACAUCAUUAUUUUCAAUAUACACCUAUAAAGAGGUAAAUGCAAUCUUGUAAACUCGUAAAUAUCAAAUAAGCAACACUAUUUAACUAAAUAAUGGGGUGUUUUAUUGUUUUAUCAAAUUUCUUUAAUUUUUUCUGGUUAUUAUUUGUUAAAUUUUAACAAGUUCGUCUAAAAACAACAAAAAAUUACACAGGAGCAAAAGGCGUGCUCCUUGUGCCUUAGGGUGAGGUGCACCUUGUCACUAGGCACGUGCCUCAUAGAGGGAGCCCCUCAGCCGAGCCUUGAGCAUCACAUUUGACAAUAGGCUGCGAAUAAAAUAAUGUAUAUUAUAUCCAAAAGUAUAUAAUACAAGAGAAUAUAUAUACAUAUAAGUAUUUUAAGUUAAUUAUUUAAUAUCCCUUACUUAUCUCAUUUAACACUCUCCUUCAAGUUGGAGCAUAUAUAUUGAAUAUGCUUAGCUUGAUAUAAAUGUAAUUCACACGAGAACUUCUAAAUGACUUGAUGAGUAAAUCAUACGUUGUAACUACAUCCCCAAGGAGCAUCUUUUCUUUAACAAAGUGGCAAUUAAUUUCAAUGUGUUUGAUUCUCUCAUGAAACACAGGAUUAGAAGCAAUAUGCAUUAUAGCCUGAUUGUCACAAAUCAAUUGUAUAAACUUGACCUGCGUAACUCCUAACUCCUCAAUUAAUUGUUUCAACCACAUUAGCUCACAUGUUGUUACUACCAAUUGCCCUAUAUUCAAUUUCUGCACUGGACCUAGCGACAACAGUUUAUUUCUUACUUUUUCAAGAGAAUAGGUUUUCACCCAUAAAUACAUAGUAUCCAAAUGUGGAUCGCCUGUCAUUAAGUAAUCCUGUCGAAUUAGCAUCCGUAUAUCUCACAAUCUACUGUGUCCAUAAUUUUGAUAUAAUACACCUCGAUCGGGGGUAGCCUUAAUAUACUAAAGAAUACAAAUCACUGCAUUCUAGUGACUGUCAUAAGAUAAAUCCAAGAACUGACUUAUCACACUCACAAGGAAUGAAAUAUCAUGACGUGUGACUAUGACGUAAUUAAGUUUCCCAACUAGCCGACAAUAGUGCCCAGGGUUAGAAAGAGGCUCCCCUUGCCCCGGUAACAAUCUGAUAUUCGGAUCCAUAGGAGUAUCUUUUGACUUACAUCCAAGCAACCCUAUCUCAUCUAGCAUAUUCAGGGCAUACUUUCUUUGAGAAACAUAGAUGCCUUGCUUUGAUCGAGCUACCUCAAUACCUGAAAAAUAUUUCAAGGAAGCCAGAUCCUUAGUCUGAAAUUGUUGGUGAAGAUAUGCCUUCAAUUCGGUGAUACCAACAUCAUCAUCCAUUGUAAGUACAAUAUCAUCAACAUAUACCUCUAGGAGAAUGUGGCCGCCAAAUUGAGAGCGAUAAAAAACAAAUGAUCAGCUUCACUACGAGUUAAUCCAAACUCAAGAAUAGUUGAACUGAAUCAACCAUACCAAACUCGAGGAGACUGUUUUAAGCUGUAUAAGGAUUUUCGAAGGCGACACACCAAACCAGACUCCACCUGAGCAACAAAGCUAUGAAGUUUCUCCAUAUACACCUUUUCUUGUAAAUCGCCAUGAAGGAAGACAUUUUUUAUGUCUAGUUGAUGAAGAAACCUAUGAAACAUAGCAACAAAGGAAAAAAAUCUGAGUGUAUCCUUUGGCAACAAGGCGAGCCUUAAGGCGAUCAAUCCAGUCAUCAGGAUCAACUUUAACAGUGUAAACCCAACGACAACUAACAAUAGACUUACCCUUGGGAAGAGGUACCAAGUCCCAAGUCCUAAUGAAAUGUAAGGCAAACAUUUCUUCAACCAUAACAGCUCACCACCCUGGAUGGGAAAGAGCUUCGAGAAUAGAUUUAGGAAGAGAAACAAAAGAUCAAGAAGAAACAAAAGUAGAAUAUCCAGGGGACAAAGAAUUAUAACUAAUAAAAUGUGAAAUGAGAUGGAGAAUGGUGUAAUGACAAGUACCUUUACGAAAAGCAAUAGGUAAGUCAAGAUCAGAAACCGAGGGUGAUGGACCAGAGGAGGAAAAACUAAUGGGCAAAAAGGAUGAGUCAGUGGAUGACUCCCUCGGACAAGCGACAAUAGGCGUUGUUGGUUGGACCACAGGUCGAGAACGUCGCUGAUAGACCUGAAGAUUAGGGCAAUCAAAGCGAGAGGCAGAGGGUGGUGGAGAAGGAGAAGAAGAAAGGUCAAGAAAAUAAAUAGGUGAAGGUAAGUCAGUAGACACAAACUCGAAGACCUCAAACAAAGAGAGAGAAUAGAGAGAUAACUCAAAGAAGGUAACACUCGCUGAAACAAAAGAGCGAGCUAAUUGAACAGAGUAGCAACAAUACCCUUUUUGAAGGCGUGAAUAACCUAGAAAAACACAUUUUGACGAAAUGAGCAAAUAACUUAUCACAACUUGGGGCAAGAUGGUGAACAAAGCAGGUACUCCCAAAGAUACGAGGAAGAGAAUAUAAGACAACUCGAGGAAAAAGAACAAACUGAGAAAUCUAGUCAUUAAGGACAGAAGAUGGCAUUCGGUUAAUUAAGUAACAUGCAGUUAAGACAAUAUCAUUCCAGUAUUGAAGCAAAACAUGCAUAUGAAGAAGAAGCGUGCGGGCGGUCUCAAUUAAAUGAUGAUUAUUUCGUUUAGCUAUCCCAUUUUUGUUGUGGGACUCCAUGACACGAAGUUUGGUGAAGAAUUCCAUUAGAUGCCAUAUAGGAUUUAAAUGGCGAGGACAAAUAUUUGAUAACAUUAUCACUACAAAGAACACAGAUAGGCACAUUAAACUGAGUUUUAAUUUCAGCACAAAAGGUAGUGAAAACAGAAAACAAUUCUGAAUGCCUUUUCAUUAAAUAUAGCCAUAUAGUUCGAGAAAAAUUAUCAAUAAAGGUUGCAAAAUAAUGAAAACCAUCUUUUGAACUAACACAACUAGGACGCUAUACAUUCGAAUGGACCACUAAAAAAGGAAAACUAACACGUUUAUUGACUCUACUCGGGAAAGAACUAUGACUAUGUUUCCCAAGUUGACAAGACUCACACUUUAAGAAAGAAAUACUAGAGAGAUUAGGAACCAUCUUCUUGAGAUUAGGUAGAGACAUUUUCCCUAACCAACAAUGGACCUGUAGUGGGGAAGUAGUCAUCGUGUGUGCCAUUGAUGAAGUAGGGUGAGACAAAUAGUAGUGUCUUUGAGACUUAAGCUCCGUGCCAAUUAUCCAUUUGGUCCUCUGAUCCUGAACAAGAACAUAACUAGAUAUAAAAGUUAUAGAGCAAUUAAGAUUACGAGUGAGUUGAUUGAUAGAAAGUAAAUUAAAGGGACACUGUAGUAAAUGUAAAACAGAUGAAAGUGGUAAAGUAGGAAGGGGUAAUGCUGUGCCCAUACUUGCAACUAAGGCGUGAGAGCCAUGAACCAAUGUAACAGGAGGUAAAGACUUCAAAGUUUGAAUAUGAGAUAGAAGAGAACGAUUACUAGACAUGUGAUUGGUGGCACCAGAGUCGAAGAUCCAUUGGCUAAGAGAAGAUGAGGACUGGUGUGAGUAAGGGAUAUGACAGGUGAAGUGGCUUGUUGUGCUGCUUGGAACUGAAGGAACUAAGCUUACUCUCCCUUGGAGAUAGUAAUUGGUGAGGAAUCACUAGGUGUGAUAGACGUUUGACCUUCAGAAGUGCUAACAACAAUGUUACAACAAUAUUAGCAGUACUACCUGCUUGAGGUGGGCAACCAUGUAAGCAAUAGUAAGUCUCCAAAGUGUGACAAUAGGAGUAUUGGGGCCAAGGACGCCCACCACCACAACAACGAACGCGACGUCCGCGAUCAGUCUAGGUAAUAGCAAGGGCAUCGCGAUCUCCAGGUAUAGACAUGCCACGAUCAGUAGUAAUAGAAGAGGCUCUAAGUAACCUGGCAAAUACAUUUGUCAAAAGAGGUAGAGAGACAACCUAGAAUCUAUGUCUUAACUGAUUCAAGCUUAGGUCGAAUCCUAUGAAGACAAAAGACAAUAAACAUUUAAUCACGCUACUAUUGUUGUUUCUUGAUAUUUGUAUCAAAGGGCAUUAACUCGUUAAAAUCAAUAAUGGAAGCUUGGAGCUUAACCAAAUAGGUGGUCAUAUCUAAAUCAACUUGUUGUAGAUUGAACAAAACACCAAUCACAUCAUAAAUACAGGUGAUGUCACUCAUAUACAGCUCACGAGCCCAAAUCCAUAGAGCACUACACUCACGAAGAAGUUGAAAUAUCAAAGUUGACUUAAUAAUCUGCCACAACAAAUUGAGUAACUGUGCAUCCACCUGUCACCAAAGAGGUUGAUUUCCCUCAGGAAUAGUUGAAAUGGUUGUUGAUAAAUAAGCCUCAAGGCCAUGUCCAAGAAACCAAAUUUCAACUAUUGAUGACCAAUCUAAAUAAUUUUAUCCAUUUAAUUUCUCCAUGGUAAUAACUGAUGUGCCUGAAAAAUGGGGAAUAGUCACAAUUGUGGACAUGGUUGAAAGGCUUCUGGAAUAAGAGUGCUAUAAAUGAAGACAUGAUACAAGAAGAACACCUCAUUGUUCUAGUUGACUGGAUCU